UCCGUGCGCGCGCGCGCCACGAUGCCGGGCAUCGACAAGCUGCCCAUCGAGGAGACGCUCGAGGACAGCCCGCAGACGAGGUCUUUACUGGGUGUAUUUGAAGAAGAUGCCACAGCUAUUUCCAACUACAUGAACCAGUUGUACCAAGCUAUGCGUCGGAUUUAUGAUGCACAGAAUGAAUUAAGUGCAGCAACACACCUUACUUCGAAGCUUUUAAAAGAAUAUGAAAAACAGCGUUUUCCACUAGGGGGUGAUGACGAAGUGAUGAGCUCUACUUUGCAACAAUUUUCAAAAGUUAUUGAUGAGCUCAGCUCUUGUCAUGCCGUGCUUUCAACGCAGCUUGCUGAUGCCAUGAUGUUCCCCAUCUCCCAGUUUAAAGAAAGAGACCUGAAAGAAAUCCUGACACUAAAGGAAGUGUUUCAGAUUGCUAGUAAUGAUCAUGAUGCUGCAAUUAACAGAUAUAGCCGAUUAUCCAAAAAAAGAGAAAAUGACAAGGUGAAAUAUGAAGUAAUAGAAGAUGUCUACACUUCUAGAAAAAAGCAACACCAGACUAUGAUGCAUUAUUUUUGUGCAUUAAAUACUCUUCAGUACAAAAAGAAAAUAGCUUUAUUAGAGCCGCUUCUUGGGUACAUGCAAGCUCAGAUAAGUUUCUUUAAGAUGGGUUCUGAAAAUCUCAAUGAACAGCUGGAAGAAUUUUUAACUAAUAUUGGAACAAGUGUGCAGAAUGUUCGCAGGGAAAUGGACAGCGACGUAGAAACCAUGCAGCAGACAAUAGAGGACCUGGAAAUCGCCAGCGACCCCUUAUACAUGCCUGACCCAGAUCCCUCCAAGUUCCCCGUCAAUAGAAACCUCACCCGAAAGGCUGGAUACCUUAAUGCUCGGAAUAAAACAGGCUUGGUGUCAUCGACCUGGGACAGACAAUUUUACUUCACACAGGGUGGAAACUUAAUGAGCCAGGCCCGCGGGGAUGUCGCGGGGGGCCUGGCCAUGGACAUAGACAACUGCUCAGUGAUGGCCGUGGACUGUGAAGACAGGCGGUACUGUUUUCAGAUCACCUCUUUUGAUGGAAAAAAAUCUUCAAUUUUGCAGGCAGAAAGUAAAAAAGACCAUGAAGAGUGGAUCUGUACAAUAAACAACAUAUCUAAGCAAAUAUAUUUAAGUGAAAAUCCAGAGGAAAUUGCUGCACGAGUAAACCAGUCAGCCUUGGAAGCGGUCACUCCUUCCCCAUCUUUCCAGCAGAGGCACGAGAGCCUGCGGCCAGCUGGACACUCUCGGCCACCGACAGCUCGAACCAGCAGUUCAGGAUCCUUGGGAUCAGAGAGUUCCAAUUUGGCCGCUCUCUCUCUGGACUCACUGGUUGCGCCAGACACCCCCAUUCAGUUUGAUAUCAUUUCCCCCGUGUGUGAAGACCAGCCUGGUCAGGCAAAAUCCUCGGGCCAGGGAAGCAGGCGUACAAAUCCAUUUGGAGAAUCUGGAGGAGGUACAAAAUCUGAAACUGAAGAUUCUAUUCUUCAUCAGUUAUUUAUUGUCCGAUUCCUUGGUUCUAUGGAAGUAAAAUCAGACGACUGUCCAGAUGUUGUUUAUGAAACUAUGCGCCAAAUCUUAGCUGCGCGGGCCAUCCAUAACAUCUUCCGCAUGACAGAAUCGCACUUACUGGUCACUUGUGAUUGCUUAAAGUUAAUUGAUCCUCAGACACAAGUUACAAGGCUCACAUUUCCAUUACCCAGUGUAGUUCUUUAUGCUACACACCAAGAGAAUAAGAGGCUUUUUGGAUUUGUUCUGCGUACAUUAGGCGGAAGAAGCGAAAGUAAUCUGUCAUCAGUCUGCUAUAUAUUUGAAUCAAACAACGAAGGAGAAAAGAUUUGUGAUUCUGUUGGACUGGCAAAACAGAUCGCUCUGCAUGAAGAACUGGAUCGUAGAGCAUCAGAAAAACAAAAAGAAAUAGAGAGGGUAAAAGAGAAGCAACAGAAAGAGCUCAGUAAACAAAAGCAAAUCGAAAAGGAUUUAGAAGAACAGAGUCGCCUGAUAGCUGCUUCCAGCAGACCAAACCAAGGCAGUAGUGAGGGGCAGUUUGUCGUCCUUAGUAGUAGCCAGUCAGAAGAGAGUGAUUUGGGAGAAGACGGAAAGAAGAGGGAGUCAGAAGCAUAAAUAGGUUAUUCUUUGUUAUCUAUCCCCCUUGGGGGUUCAUUGACACUUUCUGUGACGAAAUGGCACAAGGUAACAACUACGUUGCAAUAUCAGGAGGAGAGUCAGGUUUAUAUUUGCUUGUUUGUUUUAGUUUCCUUUCAAAACCAGGUUUACCGUGAGGACUUAACUUUGCAAUAUUGCUUCUUUAAGAAUAUAGACUCUUCAGUAGCAUCAAAUCCCACAUGCUCAAAGUUCACCUCCCGGAUGUAGAUGGCUAAGGAAUUGCGUUUUGAAUUUUAUUGCAUUGUGAUUGACUGUGACCAAUAAGAAACCAUUUAUCCUUCAGCUGUAGCUCUCCAUGGAUGUGCUCUUUCACUCAUUUAGGACUGUUGUUCUUUGCUGGUGGAGAAGAAACUUGACUGAAGAGGUUCGAAACCCUUUAAUCAGAGAAUUCCUUCAACUGGGGAAUAUUUUAACAGUAUGAAAUGUGCAAUAGAACUUUUUUAAAAUGAGAUUUUAGACUGAGUUUUGAAUUGUUGUAGGUGGUACGGUUGACUUCAGGGCAUUUCCAUGGUGGCUCAUGUUUCUCUGAUGUUUCUUACUUGGUACCGGUGGAAAAGAAGCUUCAAUGUUUGCUCAAGAUUGAUUUGCCCUUGGCAUUUCGCUAUCACAUUCUUAGUUCUCAGGUUGGAACUUGAAUUAUUGCUGCAGAGCAGUAAUGGUUAAUAUAAGAUUUUGGGAUUUAUUAAAAGGGACUUUUGUUUCAGAACAUUUUAGAUUAGGAUUUAAUAUAUAAAGAUACUGUUACAGGAUAAUACAGUGUAUUUUCUGCAUUGUGUGAAAUAAUUUUUAUUGAAAUCAAGUGGCAUUUCAGAAGAAGCUCGGUAACAGUGAUUUCCUGCUUAACGUAGAAAUUACCACUUUAGUUUAAAAAGGUAACCUUCCAAAAUUUCAGACUGAUGCUCCCAGUAUUUUCAUAAUCCUAUGUUUUGAUAAAAUACUGAUGACCACUUUUUAUCCAUAAAGGCGGACAGCUAAUAUAUAUGGAUAGAAUAAUUUGCACUAAUCAUUGUAAAUACUGUUUUUCUUCACAAGAGUAAAAGCUCUAAUUUCAUUUAAAUUUGAAAAGAAAUUGCAUGCUUGACAGAAAAGUUGACUAAGGAAGAACUUAGCCUGGUGCAGAGGUUAAAAUGCUGAUUCUCUGUUCUCUAAAACUCGGAUUUCUUUCUUGUCUCAGAUUUUUAACAUUGCUGGUAGAAAUUACGUCCCCGUGUUUCACAUGGAAAAGUAUAUAUAGGUACAUUAAAUAUAUUGAGUAAAAUAUUUUACAGAAGUCAUACACUAAAAUUUUUCAAAAGAUCAGCCAUUAAAACUAAUUUUACAAGGGAAACGUUAUUU